AUGCCUUCUACGAUAGACUCAUUGUCUGCUCAUGAAGUAGCUGACAUUCAUUACAUUUACGGGUUUUGUGAUGGCAACGCUCGCGCCGCCUCUCGAGAGUAUCAUCAGCGAUUACCGACAAGACCUGCCGUUGACUACAGGGUUUUCUUAGCAGUACAUCGAGAAUUAAGUGAAAAUGGACUGCAUCGCCCACAUCGUGAACGUGCUUCUACUGUACCGGUGGAUGUGGAUGAACAAGUGUUGCGUUUGGUGUACCAAGACCCCACAAUUAGUACUCGACGAAUAGCACUCCAAUUGGGGAUUAAUCACGUCCAAGUGUGGAAAAUUUUGAAAAAGGAAUGUUUGUACCCUUUUCAUUUUCGAAGAGUGCAGAAUUUGCACGAGCCAGAUUACGCCGGAAGAAGUGUUUUCUGUUCGUGGCUAUUGCGGCAAAGACGAUUAGUCCCGAACUUCUGUGACCGUAUUUUGUGGACCGAUGAGGCAAAUUUUAACAGAACUGGAAUCACAAAUUUUCGAAACCUUCACUUGUGGAUGCCGGAGGAAAAAAAUCCCUUAGCAGUUCGGCCAGCGUCCUUUCAAAUCGAAUUUUCGAUUAAUGUUUGGGCUGGAAUGAUAAGUGAUUACUUAAUCGGACCAUUUAUUCUUCCGUCAAGGUUGACAGGCCCAGCUUACCUAACAUUUCUACAAUAA